UCUCAAACAAAAUCAAAAUAAAUAGAAAAGCAGAAAUCAUCUCUCCCAUUGUCUUUUCCCUUUCAUUAUCAGUUUACGCUUUUACAGCUUCAAGGCCUGAGAAGAAACACUCUCUUUCAAUCCUACACCUCAUAUCUGCCACCGUCCAUUCCGUUGACUUUUUUCUUACACCAAAAUAGUCAAACCUCUUAAACCACCUCAAAUCAAAAGUUAUAAAAGAAGGAAAAAAAGAAGUUUACAAAAGAUCAUUGAAACUGAAAAUUUCCUGAUCCCACAGCCAUUGAAGAACAAAAAAGGAAAUAAAGAAAGUUGGGCUUUUGUUUAUGUGUCUUAGGAAAUAAGAAAUUUUCAAUAUUGAGAAGAUAAAGAAGAAGAAGAAGAAGAAGAAGAAAAGGUACCCUGGACUGUCAUGAUCAGGUGUUAUCGGGUGUAUUAUAAGAGACAAGAUGAUCAACACAGCCAACGGUAUGAUUUCGACACCGUCUUCAUCGGCGAACGCUCAAUCGCCGGGUUUGAAGACUUAUUUUAAAACUCCAGAAGGUCGAUAUAAGCUUCACUAUGAAAAGACUUACCCUUCUGGCCUUCUUCACCAUUCUCAUGGCAAAACUGUUACUCAGGUUACCUUAGCGCAUCUGAAAGAGAAGCCAGCUCCAUCAACUCCAACAGCUUCAUCUUCUAGUUUCACCGCCAGCAGUGGGGUAAAAUCAGCAGCAGCGAGGUGGCUAGGUGCGGGGAAUGGGAGCCGUGCACUCAGCUUUGUUGGAGGGAAUGGUAGUAGUAAAAGUGUUAGCAGUGCUGGCAGAAUUGGAUCAUUGGGUUCUUCGAGUCCGAGUAAUUCAAUGACUAAUACAAAUUUUGAUGGGAAAGGAACUUAUUUAAUCUUCAAUGUCAGUGAUUCUAUUUUUAUUAGUGAUUUGAAUUCGCAGGAUAAGGAUCCAAUAAAAUCUAUCCAUUUCAGUAAUUCAAACCCUGUCUGCCAUGCCUUUGAUCAGGAUGCCAAGAAUGGGCAUGAUUUGCUUAUUGGGUUGACUUCCGGUGAUGUUUAUUCAGUGUCAUUGAGACAGCAGUUGCAAGAUGUUGGAAAGAAGCUUGUUGGGGCACAGCACUACAAUAAAGAUGGUUCUGUAAAUAACAGCAGUCGAUGUACCAGUAUUGCAUGGAUCCCCGGAGGUGAUGGUGCUUUUGUGGUUGCCCAUGCUGAUGGAAAUAUGUACAUAUAUGAAAAGAACAAGGAUGGUGCUGGUGAUUCUUCAUUCCCUGUUAUCAAAGACCAAACUCAAUUUUCUGUUGCGCAUGCACGAUACAGUAAGAGCAACCCAAUUGCGAGAUGGCAUGUAUGUCAAGGUUCAAUUAAUAGCAUUGCUUUCUCCUCUGAUGGGGCCUGCUUAGCAACCGUUGGAAGAGAUGGUUAUCUGCGAGUUUUUGACUAUUCAAAAGAACAGCUAGUUUGUGGUGGCAAAAGCUAUUAUGGUGCUCUACUAUGUUGUGCUUGGAGUAUGGAUGGGAAAUAUAUUCUGACUGGAGGUGAAGAUGACUUGGUUCAAGUUUGGAGUAUGGAAGAUCAAAAGGUUGUGGCAUGGGGUGAGGGGCACAACUCAUGGGUUAGUGGAGUGGCAUUCGAUUCUUAUUGGUCAUCGCCUAAUUCAGAUGGCACAGGGGAGACUGUCAUGUACCGCUUUGGUUCUGUUGGUCAGGAUACACAAUUGUUAUUGUGGGACCUGGAAAUGGAUGAAAUUGUUGUGCCAUUGCGUCGAUGCCCUCCUGGUGGAUCUCCCACUUUCAGCACUGGGAGUCAAUCUUCCCACUGGGACAAUGUAUGCCCACUGGGUACCCUGCUACCUGCCCCAAGCAUUCGAGAUGUUCCGAAAAUUUCACCACUGGUUGCUCAUCGUGUUCAUACUGAACCUCUCUCAGGCUUGAUUUUUAACCCGGGAUCCGUACUUACUGUUUGUCGACAGGGGCACAUAAAAGUCUGGAUGAGACCCAGUGGUGCAGAAAGCCAAUCAAGCAACAGUGAAACUGUAUCCAGUUCCAAGGAUAAACCUUUAGUUUCCAACACACUUGGCAGUACUAGCCAUAAACAAUGACCAGCCAUCAAUAAAAGGAUGGCAAAGAAUAAAGUUCCGCCUUUGUAAUGGAAUUGCAAUGAGGUUAACCAACUGAAUCCAUUGUAUAUUGAAGGACAAAAAAGCCAUUGACAGAGCUAAAUAGGUAUGGAGGAAUAAAGAACUUCCAUUGUAAGUAGAAACGGCUACUUCUAGAAAUAUAUUUAGGAUACGAUAGGAAUCACAUGAAGUUUGCUCCUUUAAGAUUUGUAAUAUAUCUUAGAGGUGCAUUUGAGUGAUUAUUUAUGAUCGGUGAUUCAUCAUCACCACUACAGUAUGAUUUUUGUUGGAUCAUAAGACCCUCCAAAAAAAUAAAAUAAUAAUACUGAUGUUGAACAUGCGGAUAGCUUCAUGAAAAUGAAGUGGGUCAAAUUUGUCCUGAAA